GGAAGCAACCGAAGCUACCCGCCAUUAAAGAAACACCACAACGUGAGUGUUUCGUUGAAGAGCUCUCUUUUCAAAAGGGCCAAUUUUUUUACACAUACCUACUGCUGGUAUUUUUUCGUGGAGAAAUGGCGUACAGAGGACAAGGACAGAAGGUCCAGAAGGUUAUGGUGCAGCCCAUUAACCUAAUUUUCAGGUAUCUACAAAAUCGCUCUCGGAUCCAGGUUUGGCUGUAUGAACAGGUGAACAUGCGGAUAGAGGGCUGCAUUAUUGGUUUUGAUGAGUACAUGAACCUGGUUCUAGAUGAUGCCGAGGAAGUCCACAUGAAGACUAAGAACAGAAAGCCGCUGGGGAGGAUCAUGUUGAAAGGAGACAACAUCACCUUGUUGCAGAGCGUCUCCAACUAGGACAAGGGAGACACCCAAGAAUCUCACCUCUCCGAGAAUCCCAUCUUACCUUUCCUAGAAAGAAAGAAUUUCCCAUUUUUGUUUUGUUUUUGCAAAUGAUGUUGGAUAUGUUUGUGUUCAUAUAACAUGAAUGUUGUUUUUGAUUUAUGUUUUUGAGAAUAAAUUCGUUUUUCUUA